ACGUCUUAAAAGUUAUAUAUAUAAAUGUAGAUAUAUAAUUAUGUGAAAUUGUUUUAGUAGUAGUAGCAGUUGUUGUUCGUUUGUGGCUUUUCAAGUGCCGAACAGGAUCAGUAAUUUAUUUUUCUUGACAAGAUAAUGCAGUGAAAGUAGUGGAAUAAAUAAAAAGUCACGGUUAUUCGUGUACUGUGAAAAACUGAUGUCAAUUGUUAACCCGUACCAUUAAUUGUGUGGGUAUAUUUUUUUACCCAGAAGAUGCAAAACUGUAACAAUAGUCGUCAUGGUUUGCGAGCUCGGCGUAGAUUUUUAGUCCUCGAUCAUAUUUCAACUUCAAACUUUCUGGUUUACCAUAUACAUAAGUGUAUAUGAAGGGGAAUUUUUUUAUGAUAUGUUUAGAACUUUGUGCUGCGUUUUUUUCUUUGUUUUUGAAGAAAAGAUAGCAAAUCUUAUAAUUAGAGAUGUUAUCUCGAAAAAAUAAAGAUCUCAGAAUGAUAAAAGAAGGUGUUGUUGGCAAAUAUGUCAAAAAAGAUACACCACCUGAAGUGCCUAUUAUAAAUGUUUGGACAACAGAACCACACAGGAGAGGAAGACGGGUAAAUCAAACAAUGCCUACUAUGCCUUUUGGUUCUCAACCUCCAACAACUGUACAAAAGUUUGGUAACACAAAGCCUUCAUUAAGUGCCGUUGGUCUGGGUAGUCAUGAAGGAAAAUAUACACCUAACAACUCAGUACCAGAUUUAGCUGCAAGGUAUGGCAGUUUAUCCAUAAAUUCUGGUCCACGAGACGUGAUGCCUUUGACUACACCUAUGUACCCAAAUACUUUUUCACCUGCAGUCUCACAAACUUGUGGAUAUGUUGAUCAGUAUUCUGGUUCACAAUUUCAUUUAGACAGAAACCCAGUCAAUUUACAAAUGCCUUUGAUUUAUGAAGUUGACAAUUGUCAAGAGUAUGUUACUUCUCAAUUGCAACUUGUGCAAUACAGACAAAACACAGAAUAUAGUCAUUCGGAACCAGAAAGUUCUACCUGUAGUAGUAGUGAACCACCAGAGGAACUACCUUUACCACUUGGCUGGUCUGUUUAUUUUACUCUUCGAGGAAGAAAGUAUUAUGUUGAUCAUAAUACUAGAACAACACAUUGGUCACAUCCCUUAGAAAAAGAGGGUUUACCUACUGGUUGGGAAAGGAUAGACUCUGCUGAAUAUGGAGUUUAUUAUGUAAAUCACAUAACAAGGGAAGCACAAUAUCAACAUCCAUGUUAUCCAACUGAGUUACAAGCUGUUAGAGUGAUUCCUCCACCUCAACAUACCAACUUUCAUUCACAUAGUGUUUUAGUACCAGCAAACCCUUACAUUAAUGAAGAAAUUCCUAAUUGGAUUUAUGUUUAUAGUCGUGCAUCAGUUGAAUUAGAUGCCAAAUUAAAAUGGGAGCUAUUUCGCUUACCGGAACUUGAUUGUUUUAAUGCAAUGUUAGUAAGAUUAUUUACUCAAGAAGUAAGAGAAGUGGUUAUGAAAUACGAAAAAUAUAGGAAUGCUCUACGUUACGAAAUAGAACAAAGAACAAGGGAAUCAGAUAGAGAUUCUGAAAAUUCUAAUAGAGCUGUUAUUACUGAGUUAUUUUAAUCUAUCGAUUAAUGGAUGUAUAGUGUAUAGUGAUAAUUGCAUAUAUUUUUGGAAUAGAUUAUUAGAAAAUAAAUCAAUGCAGUGUAUUUUACCUUAUGUAUU